CCAACAUGGCAGCGGCGGGCGGCGGGCCCGCGGCCGAGCCUGGCGAAGGCGGUGGCGGCGGCGACGGCAGCAGGACCGUGUACUUGUUCGACCGGCGCGAGGAGGAGGCCGAGCUCGGGGACCGGCCGCUGCAGGUCGGGGAGCGCCAGGACUUCGCCGGCUUCCGCGCCGCCGUGUGUCAGACACUUGGCAUUUCACCGGAAGAGAAAUUUGUUAUUACAACAACCAGUAGAAAAGAAAUUACAUGUGAUAAUUUUGAUGAAACUAUUAAGGAUGGAGUCACUUUAUACCUGCUGCAGUCAGUCAACCAGUUGCUGCUCACGGCUACAAAAGAGCGAAUUGACUUCCUACCUCACUAUGACACUCUGGUUAAAAGUGGCAUGUAUGAAUAUUAUGCAAGCGAAGGACAAAACCCUUUGCCCUUUGCUCUUGCAGAAUUAAUUGACAAUUCAUUGUCUGCUACUUCUCGCAACACCGGUAUUAGACGAAUACAGAUUAAGCUGCUUUUUGAUGAAACACAAGGAAAACCUGCUGUUGCAGUGAUAGAUAAUGGAAGAGGAAUGACCUCUAAACAACUUAACAACUGGGCUGUGUAUAGGUUGUCAAAAUUCACAAGGCAAGGUGACUUUGAAAGUGAUCAUUCAGGAUAUGUCCGUCCGGUACCAGUGCCACGCAGUUUAAAUAGUGACAUUUCCUAUUUUGGUGUUGGGGGAAAGCAGGCAGUGUUUUUCGUUGGACAAUCAGCCAGAAUGAUAAGCAAACCUGCUGAUUCUCAAGAUGUUCAUGAGCUUAUGCUUUCUAAAGAAGAUUUUGAGAAGAAGGAGAAAAAUAAAGAGGCAAUAUACAGUGGAUAUAUUAGGAACAGAAAGCCUUCUGAUUCUGUUCACAUUACAAAUGAUGAUGAGAGAUUUCUGCAUCAUCUUAUCUCAGAGGAGAAGGAUAAAGAGAGCUUUACUGCUGUGAUCAUCACAGGGGUGCAGCCAGAUCACAUACUAUACUUGAAAAAUCAUUUCCAUCUUUGGACAAGACAGUUAACGCAUAUUUAUCAUUACUAUAUUCAUGGCCCAAAAGGAAAUGAAAAACGAACAUCCCAAGAAGCCGGACCUUUCAACAAUAUUGAGAUUGAAAUUUCUCUGUUUGAAAAAGGGAAGACACCUAAAAUUGUCAACUUAAGGGAAAUACAAGAUGACAUGCAGACACUGUAUAUAAACACAGCAUCUGAUAGUUUUGAGUUCAAGGCUCAUGUUGAAGGAGAUGGUGUAGUAGAAGGGAUUAUUCGAUAUCACCCAUUUUUAUAUGAUAGAGAAACUUACCCUGAUGAUCCAUGCUUUCCAUCAAAAUUAAAGGAUGAAGAUGACGAUGACGAUUUUCUCGUACUUGAUAAAGCAGCAAGAGGUAAAAGGCCUAUUUUUGAAUGUUUUUGGAAUGGACGACUGAUACCAUAUACAUCUGUUGAAGACUUUGACUGGUGUACACCUCCUAAGAAGAGAGGGCUUGCACCCAUUGAGUGCUAUAAUAGAAUAUCUGGCGCAUUAUUCACUAAUGACAAAUUCCAGGUCAGCACAAAUAAGCUGACUUUUAUGGAUCUUGAACUAAAAUUGAAAGAUAAGAACACCCUUUUUACACGGAUUUUAAAUGGACAGGAACAGAGAAUGAAAAUUGACAGAGAAUUUGCUUUAUGGCUAAAGGAUUGCCAUGAAAAAUACGACAAACAAAUAAAAUUUACACUUUUCAAAGGAAUAAUUACGCGUCCUGAUCUACCUUCUAAAAAACAGGGUCCCUGGGCAACGUACUCUGCAAUAGAGUGGGAUGGAAAAAUAUACAAAGCAGGACAACUGGUCAAGACAAUCAAGACACUUCCUCUUUUUUAUGGGAGCAUAGUCAAAUUUUUUCUUUAUGGUGACCACGAUGGUGAAGUGUAUGCUACAGGAGGAGAAGUUCAAAUUGCAAUGGAGCCUCAGGCACUAUAUGAUGAAAUAAAAACUAUUCCAAUUGCAAAGCUGGAUAGAACAGUUGCUGAGAAAACUGUGAAAAAAUAUGUAGAAGAUGAAAUGGCAAGGCUCCCUGAUAGAUUGUCUGUAACUUGGCCUGAGGGAGAUGAAUUACUGCCAAAUGAAACAAGACCUGCUGGAACCCCUAUUGGUGCAUUAAGAAUUGAAAUACUGAAUAAAAAAGGGGAAACAAUGCAAAAGCUUCCAGGAACAAGUCAUGGAGGGUCAAAGAAACUCCUUGUUGAGCUUAAAGUUAUAUUACACUCUCCAAAUGGAAAUAAAGAAAUAAUUUCACAUAUUAGUCAGCAUGGAGGAAAAUGGCCAUACUGGUUUAAAAAAAUGGAAAAUAUUCAAAAGUUGGGGAACUAUACAUUGAAAUUACAAGUUGUAUUGAAUGAAAGUAAUGCAGACACUUACGCAGGAAGACCAUUACCUUCUAAAGCAAUUAAGUUUUCUGUUAAAGAGGGUAAGCCAGAGAAAUUUUCAUUUGGUCUUCUGGAUUCUCCUUUUCGUGUUGGAGUCCCAUUCAAUAUCCCUCUGGAGUUUCAGGAUGAAUUUGGUCAUACUAGUCAACUAGUAAAUGAUAUUCAGCCAAUUCUUGAAGCAAGUGGUCUAUCUUUACAUUAUGAAGAGAUAACCAAAGGACCAAAUUGUAUGAUUCGAGGCGUUACAGCUAAAGGCCCUGUAAACUCCUGUCAAGGCAAGAAUUUUAAUCUGAAGGUUACUCUGCCAGGGUUAAAAGAAGACUCGCAGAUUUUGAAAAUUAAGUUGUUACCAGGUCUCCCUCAUCGACUGAAAGUGAAACCUGAUUCUGAAAUUUUAGUUAUAGAAAAUGGAACCGCUUUCCCAUUUCAGGUUGAAGUGUUGGAUGAAUCAGACAAUAUAACAUCACAACCAAAACUGAUUGUUCAUUGUAAGUUUUCAGGUGCUCCAAAUCUGCCCAUCUACGUUGUGGAUUGCAGUAGUUCUGGAACCAGUAUUUUAUCAGGAUCUGCAAUUCAGGUUCAGAAUAUUAAGAAAGACCAGAUGCUUAAAGCAAAAAUCGAAAUACCUAGUUGUAAAAAUGUGGCACCUGUUGAAAAGACUAUUAAAUUGCUUCCUAGUAGCCAUGUUGCAAGAUUGCAAAUAUUCAGUGUGGAAGGGCAGAAGGCUAUUCAAAUCAAACACCAGGAUGAGAUUAAUUGGAUAGCAGGUGAUGUUAUGCAUAAUCUUAUUUUUCAAAUGUAUGAUGAAGGAGAGAGAGAAAUCCAUAUAACAUCAGCUUUGGCAGAGAAAAUUAAGGUUAAUUGGACUCCUGAGAUUAAUAAAGAACACUUGCUACAGGGUCUGCUUCCUGAUGUCCAAGUCCCAGCAUCAGUCAAAGAUAUGCGCUACUGCCAGGUUUCAUUCCAAGAUGACCAUGUGUCUUUGGAAAGUGCAUUUACAGUAAGACCACUUCCUGAUGAACCUAAACAUCUAAAAUGUGAGUUAAAAGGUGGAAAAACGGUACGGAUGGGUCAGGAGCUUGAAGGUGAAAUCGUUGUAAUAGUUACUGAUCAGUAUGGGAAUCAGAUCCAAGCAUUUUCAGAGAGUUCUUUAUCUGCCUUGACGAUAGCUGGGGUUGGACUUGAUAGCUCAUAUUUGAAAACUACUUUUCAGGAAAACACACAAAGUAUAAGUGUCAGAGGCAUCAAGUUUAUUCCAGGUCCUCCUGGAAAUAAGGAUCUUUGUUUCACUUGGCGUGAAUUUUCAGACUUUAUUCGAGUACAGCUAGUUUCUGGACCACCCUCUAAACUUCUCCUUGUAGACUGGCCAGAAUUAAAGGAGUCCAUUCCAGUUAUUAACGGAAGAGAACUACAGAAUCCUCUCAUUGUUCAACUUUGUGAUCAGUGGGAUAACCCAGCACCUGUACCUCAGGUUAAAAUAAGCCUCACAAAAGAUAGCUGUUUAAAGCUCACUCCUUCAAAUCAACAGCAUAAAACAGAUGAAAAGGGCAGGGCUAAUUUGGGAGUAUUCAGUGUUUGUGCCCCUAGAGGAGAACAUACACUGCAGGUGAAAGCCAUCUAUAACAAGAUUACCAUAGAUGGACCAAAAAUUAAGUUAAUGAUCCUUCCAGAUCCUGAAAAACCUAUCCGCAUCAAUGUGAAAUAUGAUAAAGAUGCUUCCUUUUUAGCAGGAGGUAUUUUCACUGAUUUUAUAAUUACUGUCAUUUCUGAAGAUGAAAGUACCAUUAAGAAUAUUAAUCCUGCACGUAUUUCUAUGAAAUUGUGGAAGCUAUCUAACAGUGGAAGCCGACCUCCACCAAAUGCAGAAACAUUUAGUUGUAAUAAAAUAAAAGACGACAAGGAAGAUGGUUGCUUUUACUUCAGGGAUAAAGCCAUGCCUAAUAAAGUGGGAACCUAUUGUAUCCAGUUUAGUUUUAUGAUGGAUAAAGCCAAUAUUCUUAACAGUGAACAGGUUAUAGUUGAUGUUCUCCCUAAUCAGCCUGUGAAGUUAGUUCCUGAAAUACAGCCAGCUACACCUGCUGUUUCAAAUGUUCGCUCUGUUGCCAGCAGAACCUUGGUCCGAGACUUACACCUUAAUAUCACGGAUGACUACAAUAAUCGAACUGGAAUGAAUUUAGUUGGCACCAUCAUAGCUACCAUCAGGGGUUCUAACGCAGAAGAUAUUGACACACCACUCUUCAAUGGCAAAGUUAGGACGCUUGAAUUUCCCUUUGUGAAAGGUUCAGCAGAAAUCACGAGUCUAGUUCUAUCAGAAAACAGUCCCGGGAAAGACAGUACUGAAUACUUUAUUGUAUUUGAGCCACAAAUACCAGCUUUAUCAAGAACAUUAGAAUCGUAUAUACUACCAUUUAUGUUUUACAAUGACGUUAAGAAACAGCAGCAAAUGGCAGCACUUACAAAAGAGAAGGACCAAUUAUCUAAAUCUAUUGUUAUGUAUAGAAGUUUAUUUGAAGCCAGCAAACAGCUUGUUGAUGAAAUGAAGUGCCAAGUUGAAGAAGCAAAAUUAAAAGAGGCUCAAUUGCGAGGUGAAUUGAAAACACAUAAUAUUGACAUUCCUGCAACACAACAGGUGCCACACAUUGAAGCACUUUUGAAGAGAAAACUGUCAGAACAGGAAGAACUAAAGAAGAGACCUAGAAGAUCAUGCACUCUCCCGAACUAUACUAAAGGCAGUGGAGAUGUUUUGGGAAAGAUUGCACACCUUGCACAAAUUGAGGAUGAUAGAGCUGCAGUGGUCAUUUCUUGGCAUCUGGCAAGUGACAUGGACUGCGUGGUCACCCUGACCACCGAUGCUGCACGCCGCAUCUACAAUGAGACCCAGGGUCGCCAGCAGGUGCUGCCCCUUGAUUCUAUCUAUAAGAAGAAUCUUCCAGAUUGGAAAAGACCGCUACCUCAUUAUCGAAACGGAAAAUUACAUUUUAAACCCAUCGGAGAUCCAGUCUUUGCCCGAACUUUGUUAACGUUUCCAGAUAAUGUAGAGCAUUGUGAAACAGUAUUUGGUAUGCUGUUAGGAGACACCAUUCUUUUGGAUAAUUUGGAUGCUGCCAAUCAUUAUAGAAAAGAGGUUGUUAAAAUCACACACUGUCCUACACUGUUAACCAGAGAUGGAGAUCGCAUUCGAAGUAAUGGGAAGUUUGGGGGCCUUCAGAAUAAAGCUCCUCCAAUGGAUAAACUUCGAGGGAUGGUAUUUGGAGCUCCAGUACCCAAACAGUGCCUCGUCUUAGGGGACCAAAUAGAGCUUCUCCGGCAGUACCGCACUGCUGUGUGCAGAUUGGGCACCGUGAACAAGGAUCUUAGUGGCCAGCUUGAGUACCUUCACACUCCGGAUAUGAAGAAGAAAAAGCAGGAACUGGAUGAACAGGAGAAAAGUCUGAAACUUAUAGAACAAAAGCUAGGUAUGACUCCCACAAAUAAAAGUAAUGAUACACGUCAUCAAACAAAAGUUGAAAUGACUGAAUGUCUGAUUCCUCCUAAGAGAAUGAGAAGAGAAUCUACAAGACAAAGUAGGAUUAUAACCAAAGCGGAUGUGUGAAAGUCUCUGAGGAGAGUGGCCCUUGAGUCUCACUGAGAGCACUGACUUCUGCAAGUGAUUUUUGGAAGACCACGAGUGCAAUUUAUCAGACUGGAUAAUCUGGGGACAAUGCAAGAAUCUGGGCACACAGUGCCAUGUCAGGCCAGCUGAGAAGAAUCAGGCAUCUCUUCAGUUCCACAGCUCAUGGGACAGUACGAAUUUACUGGGAUUGUUCCAGGCACUGGUGCCCUUGCUUUUCAUUUCUUGCAGUGUGUCAGAGGAAAUGCACAAGUAUGGCAGUGGCUAAAAUUGACAUGUAGCAUUUAUAAUUCUGAAAGAAAGUUAACGUACUUUUUUUCCAGUAUGAUGAUCAUGGGUAUGCUAGAACUGUUUAUUGGAAGCAAACUUUUUUAAUUCCUUUUUUAGUGGAUUUAUUUAACAAAACUUUUGUUGUGUCAGAAGAACACUUUAAAGGUUAGAUAUUUAAGUGUAAAUAUGCGAAGAAACUCUUAAUGAAGAAUUUAGAAUAAAAAAAUAGAAAAAAGUACAGAGAAUCAGGUGCUGAUACUUCAAAAAUAUUGAUGUGCUUGCGAUAUUAGCAUUAUGACUUUCUAAAGACACCUGUGUAUAUAUGCAGCUCCAUCCGUUUUUAUAAGUACUGUUUAACUUUACUAAUCCUAGAUUAUAUACUGUAGGCCUUAAUUCUACAUUUACAUUAUUUUAUAAUUUUUUAUUACUAUUUUUAACAGCUUAAAGUUGGUCAGACUCGUUACUGCAAUAAGGAUAUGUUAGAAACUGCUGCAAAAAUACUUGAGUUGGUGUAUUCAAGCUAACAUGUCAAUAUUCAUGUCUGUGUAAGUCCAGGACUGUAUGUCUGUGAAAUUGUUUUGUAAGAAGAUACUUUUGGUAUACAGUUUUGUGUCCCAGGAAAUGUGUAUUUUUUAAUCCUUUCUAAAUAUACAGUGAGGUGAAUAUAAGAGUG